AUGCUUCCUCUCGUCCAACAAUUCUGUAUCUNUCUGGACGGUAACCAGGAAGGUCUGUACCUGUGGACUAGUUUGAACUUCAUGACUGGUCGUAUGCCCAUCCCGGACACGGUCGGGCCUCAUAAUCCGAAUGUGUUGAAUCGCACGGUUGGCACUUUGGAUUUGGGCGGUGGAUCGACUCAGAUCACAUUUUCCCCACAUGAUUUGCAAGUUCUCAGACAAGCUCCUCCAGGCUAUGUCACAGGAAUCCGCAAUGGUCGUUCAGUUCCUGGCACACAAGCACAGGCUGGGUCCGAUGUCUAUUCACACAGUUAUCUGGGCUUGGGCUUGAUGUCUGCCCGAUUCUCAAUCCUAUCAACGGCCACAAAACGUUUACCAUUUGAUUCCAUCCCGUCCGAGGAUUCCCUGUUCUCCCCUUGCUUCCCCGAGUCGAUCAAAUUGAACUGGUCCCAUGCGGGUCGGAACUGGCGAUUACAACCGCUUCCCCAAUCCGCCUACCGGACCAUUCUGUUGUCUCACGAAGAAGCGGCCGGCGCACGAGCUUUUGCCAGUGACGAGAGCAUUGCUCCCAUCACCAAACAUUGCUAUGCACACGCUUUACUGGUUUUGCGUGAUCCCGUCGAGGGGGAGAACGCGGCUCACGUGUUUCCACCUGCCGGUUACGUGGUCCACCGUCCAAUCGGUAUCGUGGAUCACGAGUUCUACGCAUUCUCGUACAUUUUCGAUCUCGCCAUUAGCGUGGGUAUAAUUCACGAUCAUGCUGGCGGUGCCGUUACUGUAGGCCAAUUCCGGGAUGCAGCGAACCGAGUCUGUUCCUCACCCAAUCUGACAAAACCGUUUGAGUGCAUGGAUCUCUGUUAUAUCACCGCCUUGUUGCACGAUGGAUACGGAUUUCCAUGGACUAAACAGAUUACCUUGCAGAAAAAAAUCAACACGUUUGAAAUCAGUUGGGGUCUGGGUGCUCUGUUUGCCGAACUCAGUGCGGCAAAACGACCUUGA